AGUUAUAUUAUAAUCUGUACAACUGUAUUCAGAUUUAUAUAGUCGCGAUAAAAAUUCCUUAAAGAUGAAGAAGACAAUGGUUAUCUUUGCUGUUGUUUUGCUCGUGGUGCUUGUUCUCGUCCAGAGCAGGCCUGGUGAUAGUGAAGGAGAGGGAGGUGCAGAAGGUGAAGCAGACGCUGGAGCAGGAGCAGGAUUUGAUGUCGGUGGAGGUGCUGGAGCUGGAGGCGAAGGAGGAGCAGAUGGGGACAGCGGAGGAGAAAGAAGUGCAGGAGGUGAUGCUGAGGCUGGAGCUGGAGCAGGGUUUGAUGUUGGUGGAGGAGCUGGAGCUGGAGGCGAAGGAGGAGCAGGAGCUGGAGGCGAAGGAGGAGAAGGAGGUGGAAACUAAAGAUGUCCCAUUUAAGAAUUAAAUAAUGAUUUAAAGAGCUUUUUUUGUGCUUUUCAGAAAGUUCGUUCAAUAAAAGCUUUUCUUUUC